AUGUCGUGUAAGAACCGAAUUCUCUUGGCACGUCUCGUGGCCGGUAUAAAGUCUCAUGAUAUAAGAAAGGGACUUCUCUGUAUUCAAGACCUUACUCUUGACAAAGCUGUACAGUAUAUCCAGGUAGAUGAAGCUACCUCAUCCCAAGCUGAUAAGUUUUUAACUAAAGUUAACAAGACUGGAGCCUCUACAUACAGACAAAAGAAAUUUUCUUAUGACACUGGGAAAAGGGGCCAGUCUCCACCUACAAGGGAUGAAAAUUUGCGAAAAUGCAAAUUUUGCAUGAAGUAUCAUGUUUUCAAGAAGGAAUUUUGCCCUACAAAGGACUCUGUUUGUAGGGAUUGUCAAAACAGAGGUCACUGGGCUAAAUCUGUCAUGUGCCUCAAGUCCUCUAAACCAACAGGUGACCCUGUUGAUCCUGACAAGAAAGUUACUGAUGAAUCUUCUAAGCUUGGUUCCGCCACUAAACCAACUCUUAAAGUCAUUUCAGCUGAUCAAGAACUACCCCUUACUUCUGAUAUCUCUGUCAAAGCCAUCACCAUUCCUAGUGUUGGUAAGCACUACUACACUGAUUUUAUACUUGGUAACCACAACUGGAAGCAAAAAUGCAUGAUUGAUCCUGGCUCCAACAUUAACUGUGUCGGUUAUGCUUGGAUUACCCGUUUUGACACUCCUAAGUGGUCAUACAAUCUUGAAUGUGGUUCCAUCAAGACUGCUGGAGGUCAUACCCUGGAUGUCGAAGCUCGAGUUCUCCUAAAGAUUUCGUGGCCUCCAGAAAAUCCCACCAUUUCUGCUGAUCAGUGGUUCUAUAUUGUUCAUGGUGAAGAUGGUAUUAUCCUUGGUACUCCUGCCUGUCAUGCACUUGGUGUGAUUAAUGAUGACUGGCCUAUUUCUACACUACUUCAGAAACUUAACCAUCCCUCAUCAGUGAAUACCCUCGACGCAUCAGAAAACAACCCUCAGAUAUGUGACAACAAACCGACCGAAGUCGACCAUCUGGUUCCAAACCCUCCCACGUCUGAUGAUGAACUUUUGUCUGAUUUGAAUUGGCAACCUUCUGAAUCAUCAGUCAAAGUCACUUCUGUUAUUACAAAUGGACAGAACAUUAACUAUUCUGAGGACACAAAUUUCACUCCACUUUUGCAAUCUUAUAAUGAUAUUUUUGAUGACACAAUUCUCCCGGAGAUGAAAGGUGAUGCCUUCAAGAUUAAUCUCAAACCUGAUGUUCAACCCUAUGCCCAAGCGAAAGCAAGGAAAAUCCCGAUUCCCUACAUGGAUCAACUUAAGAAGCAACUUGAUGAAAUGGAACGUCUUGGUGUUAUCUCAGUCCAUGAAGAGCCAAGCACUUGGUGUCAUCCAAUCGUUAUUGCACCUAAGAAAGAUAGUGACGAACUGAGAAUCUGCAUUGACUUCACCCACCUCAAUAAGUUUAUCCAGCGUGAAUUCCACCCUAGUAAUCAGGGCCGCCAAGAGGGGGGGGGGGGGGCAAAGGGGGCAAAUUGCCCCGGGCUCCGAGUUGCUGGGGGCCCCUGAAAAAUUUUUGUAGGGCCCCAGCCUUUUUUGUGUGUUAACUAUUUCCGCGCAAAGGACAAGAUAUCUGUUUUCUUGGGCUAAGGACAGAAUUUUGGCAUAAAAAAUGAGAUAAAAUCCCUCGAAAGCAUUUGCAACGUACUUGACCGGCAAAAUUUUGUACUCUGGAAAAAAUUUUUUACCCCUAAAAUGGUAGACUGACCGGGGGGGGGGGUUGUUAUUCGGGAAAAAUUUUUUCCGGGAAAAUUUGUUUAGAUAGGGGCCCCUAAAAAAAAUUUGCCCCAGGCCCCCGCCAACCUCUGGGCGACCCUGCUAGUAAUUCACCCUUCGAAGCUGUAACAAGCAUUCCUGCUGAAGAGCUCAAAUAUUUCUGCAAAUUCGAUGCUCGUCAUGGCUACUGGCAAAUUCCACUGCACCCUGAGUCUCGUCCCUUAACCUGUUUCAUCACACCCUUUGGUAGAUAUGUCUGUAAUCGAGCCGUAUUCGAAAUCAGCAGUAUCAGUGAGUGGUACAACCGUCGCAUGAACAAAGUUGUCAGUAGCUUACAAGGUAUCCGUAAGAUCGUAGAUGAUGUUCUCGUCUAUGCACCAAAGUAG